AUGGAGAGAUAUUGUGUGCUCAUCGCCACGUUCAUGCUGAUACUUCAUCUUGUUCAAGCUCAAAAUCCAACCGGACUCAUCAAUGUGGGUUGUGGUUUAUCCACUCGCGAGCCUCCUUACCGCGCACCCGGAACCGGUUUUACAUAUACAUCAGACACCGGUUUAGUUAACAGUGGUGAAACCGGUAAAAUCGCCAGGGAAUUUGAAGCGAACUACUCCAGGCCGUUUCUGACGCUGAGAUAUUUUCCGGAAGGAGUACGUAACUGCUACAGUCUAAAUGUCAGCCGCGGCACCAAAUAUCUGAUCAAGGCCAAAUUUGUAUAUGGAAACUACAAUGAUCAAAACAUCGGUCCAGACUUUGACCUUUACCUGGGUCCGAAUUUAUGGACAACGGUGACUAAAAAUGACAGUAUACAGGAGAUCAUCCACGUAACAAGAUCCGAUUCUCUACAGGUAUGUCUUGUUAAUACGGGGAAUAGUAUACCUUUCAUAAAUGUCUUGGAGCUACGACCGUUGCCAAAAUCUGCGUACGUUGCUCAGAGCGGCUCACUGAAAUUCUUAUUCAGGAGGUAUCUUAGCAAUUCAGGCCGUACUAUACGGUAUCCAGAUGAUAUCUAUGACCGUGAAUGGCACGCACUGUUCUUGGAGAACACAUGGGCACAAGUAACAACGACUCUGAAUGUAGACGUUACUAAUAGUGAUGAAGUACCACAAGAUGUCCUAGCAGCGGGCGCAACACCUCUAAACGAUACAGAGACAUUGAAGAUUAACUGGGAUUUAGAGCCUCCUACUUCAAAGUUUCACUUCAACAUGUACUUUGCUGAGCUUCAGACUCUAAAGGCCAACGAGACAAGAGAGUUCAAUGUGACACUGAAUGGGAAAAUUAUAUAUGGACCUUAUAGUCCUGUACUGCUAAAAACCGAUCCUGUACUCAAGAGAGAACCAUUUGAAUGCGCUGAUGGGGCAUGUCUUUUGGAGCUUGUGAAGACGUCGAAAUCGACUCUUCCACCUCUACUUAAUGCUAUCGAGGCUUUCACCGUGAUGGAUUUCCCUCAAAUGGAGACAUUUGAAGAUGACGUUAUUGGUAUCAAGAAGGUUCAAGAUGCUUAUGUAUUGAAUAGAACUAAUUGGCAAGGAGAUCCAUGCGUCCCUAAACAGUUUUUGUGGGACGGUCUAGGCUGCAAGUACUCAGAUAUUUCUACUCCACCACUAAUCACUUCUUUAGACUUGUCUUCAAGUGGAUUAAGUGGGAACAUCUCGCAAGCCCUUCAAAAUCUUAUGCACCUGGAAGUACUGGUCUUGUCAAAUAACAGUUUGACUGGAGAAAUACCUGCAUUUCUAGCUGACAUGAAAUCACUCAUGGUCAUAGUCUUGAGUGAUAAUAAUUUAUCUGGCUCUGUUCCUCGCUCACUUAUUGAGAAGAAAGGACUGAUGUUACAUGUCAACAACAAUCCUCAUCUUAGUUGCACAACUGGUUCAUGUGUAAACGAAGUAAGUAUGGGUCCAUCUAGUUCAUCUUAUACACUACAAGUGAGUUUCCACAAUGUGGAGUCACAGAGGUACAUUUCGGACUCCUUACCUCUUCCGGUUCCCAAAUUUGGUCCAUUUGAUGUUCCUCCCUUGGAUUGA